UUUCACUCUUCAACACGUCAAUUCUCCAGUAAAUACAAAUGCCCGUGGAUAUCAUUCAUAACGCCGUGGUGAACGGCCCAGAGAUCAUCCCCGGAUGGCCAUACAUUAAGGCAUAUGGCCCUGCUGUGUUGGGCUUGGCAGCAAUAAAAUACUACUUCCGUGGCUCUAUGAACACUUGGGAAAGAGACAUGCACGGGAAAGUUUACAUAGUCACCGGAGGAACUUCGGGACUCGGCAGCGAACUUGUCAAAGAGUUGGCAACUCGUGGAGCACAGAUCAUCCUUCUUGUCCGGACCAUCGAAGAUAAUUGGUUGGAAGAGUAUGUCGAUGACUUGAGAGAAACCACCAACAACUUCAUGAUUUACGCCGAACAGUGUGAUUUAAACUCGUUAUACUCGGUGCGGAAGUUUGCCACGAAGUGGCUUGAUAACCAACCCCCCAGACGGUUAGACGGUAUUCUCUGUUGUGCUGCUGAGUGUUUGCCAGUGGGAAAGACCAGACAAGUAACUGAGGAAGGGGUAGAGAGGCAAAUAGGUAUUAAUUACUUGGCCCAUUACCAUUUGAUCACUUUGUUGGCACCUGCUUUGAGAGUCCAACCUGGUGAUAGAGAUGUGCGGGUAGUGAUGGCAACAUGUCUGUCACAGUCACUUGGAGAAGUGGAUCUCGAAGAUUUACUCUUUGAGAAUAAAAGAUACAACAAGAAUAAACCGUACUUGUGGUAUGGGACGUCCAAGUUAUUGAUGGGGCUAUUUGCCAAAGAGUUCCAAAAACGUUGUGACGAAUACGAAAGAAAGGAUAAGCUUCCUUGUAAUAUCAAAAUUAAUUUGGUGAACCCUGGAAUGAUGAGAUCUCCUUCUACCAGGCGGUUUUUGUCGAUGGGAACCAUCUGGGGAUUGUUGUUGUACGUGCUUUUGUUCCCCAUAUGGUACAUCUUCUUCAAGCAUCCGUAUGAAGGUCAACAGUCGUUUUUGUUUGCAUUGUGGGCGCCUUUCCUUGCUAAAAUGGAUGGAGGUCAAAUGAUUCUGGAGUGCAAAGUGAUCCGGCCAAGCAGAAAGGAGUUUAAGGAUACGGAACUUCAGGCUGCAAUAUUUGACCAAACAGAAGAGUUGAUUACCAAGUUGGAGAAACAGAGUGCUAUCGAACGUAAGAAACAGGAGAAAAAAAAUGAACUGAAAAAGCCCAAAGAACAGAGAUUACAGGAGGCCAAGGAGAAGCAUCUUGCCCAAUUGAAAAAGAAACAAGAUAUCCACGAAAUACCAGCAUCAGUGGAAGAAUUGGAUUCUAAAUUGGGAUAUCUUAGGCAACUGAUUCAACCAGAUAUGCCAUUAUUUCCUGAGUCUGUGCCAGGCAGUAGCACCAGUUCCAAGAAGAAAAAGUCCAAGGCCAAGAAGUAACUCAGUAGAUAGAAAAAUGCAUGUCGUAUGAUUUUCAUCGCUCUUUUCUGUCUCGUCGGCAGUCAGAAAUAAGUCCGAUAAAACCUUAGUAGCUUGACGUAUAUUCUACCAAAAACCAUUCAGAAACCCCCACCACCAAUACCAGGUGCCUUCUCUUAAAUAUAUCAUACCUUUAACCACAAACUUUCAUCGACCUAAA